ACCAGAGAGAAGAGAGGAGACAAAAGACCAGAGAGGAGACCAGAGACCAGAGAGGACAGAUGGAGCUCCUGUUGCUGCUGCUGCUGCUUCAGAGCUCGGCUGCAACACUUCAGAAUUUCUGCUCCAACUCGACGGUGCUGAAGACUCGGACAGCGUGUCACUCGUGCAGCAUCAGCAUGAUGAUGCCGUGUCCGUCCACAUACAAACAGACGCCCAGAUCCACCGUGCGGGACUGCAAGUACUUCAUCAGGACUCUCAGUCUGGUGUUGCCCCUCAACGGCUGCUCCUUUGAGUGCUACAGAGAGGCCGAGGUGAGGAGUUGCUGUCCCGGCUCCUGGGGUCCAGACUGCACCGAGUGUCCCGGGGGGGCCGACAGACCCUGCAGCAACAGAGGAGUCUGCUCCGAAGGGGUGGGGGGCAACGGAACCUGCAGCUGCCAGGGGGGUUUUGCAGGAACAGCGUGUGAGGAUUGUUCUCCUGGUCGGUUUGGUCCGACCUGUAGCUCCGUUUGUUCCUGUGUCCACGGUGUGUGUGAGUCGGGGUUGAGAGGAGACGGUCACUGCACCUGCUUCUCUGGAUAUAAAGCUCCAAACUGUAACCAAGAGCUUCCUGAGUGUGCGUCUCUCAGCUGUCCGCUGAACUCUCGCUGUAUGGAAGAAGCUCUUACAGGUCGGCUGGUGUGUCAGUGUUUACCUGGGUUCGAGAAAUCAGGAGAUAUCUGUUCAUCUAUAAACCCUUGUCUCCAGCGGGUCUGCCACGUGCAGGCGUUCUGCGUCCACUCCGGUCCGAACCAGCACCUGUGUGCCUGUAACGAGGGGUACAGCGGGGACGGGCAGGUCUGCAUGUCCAUCGACCCGUGUCAGAGCAAACAGGGAGGCUGCGCCGCCGAGUCUGCAGGCUGCGUGUACGACGGCCCGGGGAAGUCUCACUGCGAGUGUCUCACCGGGUUUCACCUCCUGAACCACGGCAGCUGCAGCCUGAAAGACGCCUGCAGAGCGGAUUCCUGCCACAAGAACGCAAAGUGCACCACCGUGGUGCCGGGGAGAGUCCAAUGCACCUGUCUGCAGGGUUUCCUUGGUAACGGUGAGGUGUGUUAUGGGAACAUCAUGCAGCGUCUGAGCGAUCUGAACACGGAGCCUGGAGGACCGUGGCGAGGGCAGCUGAACAAGGCCAUCAUGCUGUUCGCUUCUCUGUCGUGGUCUCUGCAGAAUUUGGGUCCGUUCACUCUCUUUGUCCCGACCAAUAAAGGUUUCAGGGGAACUUUAAUGAGUACUCUGACCGCUGACUCGUCCAAAGCCAAGUACCUGUGUAAGAUUCACCUGGUGGCCGGAGUCCUGCCCCUCAUCACCCUGAAGAAGACCGACGUCUUCUUCACUUUGACCGGGAAACCAGCUGAGAUAGACACUUCAGAGGGGGACCUUCUGACUAAGAUCCGUAUCCAUGGCAGCAGGAAGAAAGGCGUGAUCGUCCAGUCCGACGUGGUGGCGUCUAACGGGAUGAUCCACAUCAUCAAUAAGUUGAUGGACAGCGUGGAACCCACGGUGGAGAGCGACUCUCAGGAGAAUCUAAUGAAGAUCAUCUCUGACUACGGGAAGUUUGACAAGUUCAAGUCUUUGUUAGAGAAAGUCGACCUGGGCUCGGUCCUGGACCUGCCCGGUCCGAUGACGGUCUUCGCUCCCAGCAGCUCGGCCUUCGACGCGAUGACUGAAGGCCACCUGCAGUUCCUGAGCAGCGUUGAAGGGCACAACAAACUGCUGGAGCUGAUGAGGAAUCACAUUGUCCCGUUCAGCGCUCUGGACGUCUUCAACGCCGCGUCCAGUCCCAGGAUCGUCACGCUGGCCAGUCAGGUUCUGACGAUUAACGUGACCGAAAACGGUCAGAUGUUAGUGAACGGGGCGGCGGUGUUGGAGGCGGCGGUGGAGGCUAAAAAUGGCCGCCUGUACGUGCUGGACGGUGUUCUGACUCCGGCCUCCAUCGAGCCCGUGCUGCCCCACAGGUGUGACACCACUGAGACCAAAGUCCUCCAGGGUGAAUGUGGCGUCUGCUCUAAAGUCAAACUGUCUCGGUGCUCAACCGGUGUUAAAACGGGCACCGCCACCUUCGGAUGUGUUUACACGCUGUCCUUCGGCAGACCUGUUGCGAGCAUCCCGGCUACAGGCUGCGCGCCCCUCUGCAACGUCACCGUCACGUCUACAGCCUGUUGUAAAGGUUUCUACGGUCCGGACUGCAGCUCCUGUCCCGGGGGACACCAGAGCCCCUGCUCCGGACACGGCCAGUGUUCCGAGGGGACUGGAGGAAAUGGAUCGUGCGUCUGCGAUCCGAACUUCCGAGGUUCUCGCUGUCAGUACUGCUCGUCCUCCAACAAACACGGAGCAAACUGUGACAGAACCUGUCCCUGUGUCCACGGACAGUGUGAGGACCGUCCGGACUCAGACGGUCGGUGCAAACCGGACUCCUGUCUGACGGGGUUCACCGGUCGGUUCUGCGACCACAGGACGGCGGCGUGCGGCACUCAGGCUCAGUUCUGUCACGCCCACGCAGACUGUGACUUCAGCCAGGGAACCACCAGGUGUGUAUGUAAACCUGGUUACCAAGGUGACGGUAUCACCUGUGUGGAGUCCGACCCCUGUGCUCCGCCUCUCCGCGGCGGCUGCAGUGUGAACGCUAAAUGUGUAAGGACAGGAGCUGGUACUCACAGCUGUCAGUGUCUGAGCGGAUGGCGGGAGGACGGAGACGAGUGUCAGCCCAUCAACAACUGUGACUCUCUGGACGGAGGAGGCUGCCAUCCCAACGCCACCUGCAUCUACGUCGGCCCUGGACAGAGUGACUGUGCAUGUAAAUCCAGCUACAAAGGAAACGGGCAAGACUGUGAAGCAGUGAAUCAGUGCGUCACUGUGAACGGAGGCUGUCACUACUUGGCGAGCUGCCGCCUGCUGUCCUCUGGGUGGACAUGUGUUUGUGAUGAAGGAUAUGUUGGAAACGGGCGGAUGUGUUACGGUACAGUCGUCCAGGUGCUGAUGACUCUGCCAGACGUUUCCGAGUUCUUCACAUGGACAACUGACUCGAGUCUGUCUUGGUCGCUCUCGGACCAGGACAUCACCCUCCUGGUUCCGUCUUCAGCGUCCGUCGCUAAAAUGUCUUCAGAGGACAAAAACUUCUGGACCAUGAAGGGAAACCUGCCGAGUCUCAUCAGAAAUCACAUAAUCCCGGGUAACUAUCCGUUAUCCAGCCUGAGCAGCAUUUCCUCUCUAACUUCCCUUCUCAAGACAACACUUCCUGUUUCAACAACCAAUGAGCUCACAUCUGUUGGAGGAGCGACCAUCACCACAUCGAAUGUAGCUGCUACCAACGGACUGAUCCAUGUCAUCGAUAAGGUUCUGGUUCCUGACAGGAAGCUGAGUGAAGGUCUGCUGGCGACUCUCGCUCUGAGGCCGGAGUUCUCUCUGUUCAGAUCGUAUCUCAUCGAUUACAACUUGACAGAUGAGAUCGAACAGACAGACGAGUUCACCGUCUUCGCUCCAACUGACGCCGCCGUCACUGAAUACCUCAAGAAAAUGGCUGCAACUGCUCUGGAUGUGAAUACGAUGCGUUACCACGUGGUGGCGGCGGAGCGUCUGCUAAAGACCGACCUUCAGCCCGGAGAAUACAAGCAGACGCUGCUCGGCUUCUCCUUCCAGCUCGGCAUCUUCCCCCGAGACGGAAAGCUGUUUGUGAACGAUGUUCAGAUAAACUCCUCCAACAUGCUGAGCGGUAAAGGAGUGAUCCACGGUCUGUCGGCUGUUCUGCAGAUCAACAGGAACCGCUGUGAUGACGUCAUGUACAACAAAGUCUUUGGAACCUGUGUUGACUGUUUGUACCCACAAAGCAGAAUCUGCCCGAGUGACACCAUCCCAGACGACUCGGUGAAGAGGAGGAAGUGUAUGUUCACUCGCAUGUUUGAAGAGGAGCGUCUGCUGACCAUCGGCUGCAGAGCCACCUGCCUGCAGAAGAACAUCGUGCGGAUGUGUUGUGGAGGGUUUUUCGGGAAGCAUUGUGAGGCGUGUCCCGGGUCGAAGGGUCGGCCGUGCUUCGGGAACGGAGCGUGUUCGGACGGAGCGAGCGGCACCGGAGUCUGUCGCUGCGACACAGGUUUCAACGGGACGGCCUGUGAAACCUGCCAGAAUGGGAAAUAUGGAGUCCACUGUGACCAGGAGUGCGGAUGUACAAAUGGCCGCUGUGAUGAAGGGCUGAAAGGCGACGGGACGUGCGAGUGUGAUGUUGGUUGGAGAGGAGUCCUCUGUGAUGAAAAGAUUGAAUCUCAAGCUGAUGAUCUAUGUGGCUCACUCAAAUGUCACACGAGUGCAAAUUGUGUGAUCUGGCCCUCCGGCCCUCAGUGUCUCUGCGCUGCAGGGUUUGAAGGAAACGGGACUUUCUGUCAAGCUGUAGACCGGUGCCUGCAUGAUAAUGGCGGCUGCAGUCUGUACGCCGUCUGUAAGCGGACGCUCCCCGGACGCAGAGACUGCGUCUGCAUCAGCGGAUACUCCGGAGACGGACUCGUGUGUGUCGAAAUAAAUCCGUGUCUGGAGGGAAACGGAGGAUGUCACGUGAACGCAGAGUGUGUCCACGUCGGGCCGAACAAAACGUCCUGCGCCUGCAGCGGAGGGUUCUCUGGGGACGGACUAAACUGCAAGAUGACCAACUUGUGUAAAAAAAAGAACGGCGGCUGUCACCAGUACGCGCACUGCAACAUGACGGCUCCGGGGGUCCGCGGCUGCACGUGCAACAGUAACUUCAUCGGAGACGGAGUCACCUGCAGAGGCACCGUGGGGCGGGAGAUCCUUACGAGGAAGCUGAGAGACUUCUACCUCGGUCUGAUGAUGAUGGAGAUUCCUCUGAAAGGUCGCGGCCCAUUCACCGUCUUCGCUCCGAACGCCGAAGCCUUCGCGGCAGUCAGAGCCGCCGGAGACAAGAAGAGAUCGUUGGCGUCGGACAAAAACAAAGAAGAGUUUGCCGCCAUCCUGCGCAGCCACAUCGUCAUGUGCCACACCCUGCUGCCUGCUGACCUGGCCCGACCCCGAAACCUGACGUCUCUGUCGGGACUUGUCCUGACCACCAGGUCCAUGCAGGGCAGCAUCUUGAUCAACGAGGCUAACGUGACGUACAGCGACGGUGUCAGCGUGAACGGGAUCUACCACGAGAUCAACAAGCUUCUGCUUUCUCCCGACCUGGACGAAGCAAAACAUCCGACUGCUCCUCUGAACCUGACAGACGUGGCCGAACAUCAUGGUUAUAAAACCUUCUACAAGCUGCUCGAGGAUGCGGGUGUGAUGGACCUGCUGAAUGAUUAUAUUCACCGGCCGGUGACGGUGUUCCUGCCCUCAGAUGGAGUCAUGGCGUCCCUGCCGGAGGAGCAGAGGGACUUCCUGUUCCACACAGACAACCGCGCCGCGCUGGUGGAGUACCUGAAGUACCACGUCCUGCAGGCCCAGAAGGUUUACGCUGAAGGUUUGAUCCACCUGGACUCGGUCCGGACGCUGCAGGGCUCGCCGCUCUCGUUCACCUGUGGAGGGACGGACGACAUCGGAGAAAUCUUCGUGAACGAUGGAAAGUGUCGAAUAGUUCAGCGAAACCUCGUCUUUAGCGGCGGGAUCGCCUACGGGAUCGACUGCCUGCUGACGCCGCCCAGCCUCGGAGGACGCUGUGAUGAACAGACCAACUUCGACCUUCAGAUGAGCUGUGGACUGUGCACCUCCGGAGGUGUUCGCUGUCCCAAAGGGUCCAAACAAAAGGAACUUCAGAAGUGCGAUCUUCCCUCCGUGUUUGUCGCUAAAAAUGCCGGCUGUCGCAGCGUCUGUACCGUCAACUUCUGGCAUCCAAAGUGUUGUCACGGUUACCACGGGCGGGACUGUCUGGUCUGUCCCGGCGGGGUCGGCGCCCCCUGCAGUAACCACGGUAAAUGUGACGACGGUCACCUUGGUAACGGCACCUGUACCUGUGACGCAGGUUUUAGGGGCGGGGCCUGCGAGCUGUGCCGUGCCGGGUUCUACGGAGCGAGCUGUGAAGCCUGUAACUGCUCAGAGCACGGGUCAUGUGUCGACGGACGAAAAGGUGCAGGUUCCUGUUUCUGUGAGGCGGGCUGGACCGGGCUGCGCUGUGACGCCGCACAGGCUGAAGUCCUCCAGUGUGCUCCGCCCUGCUCUCCUAAAGCCGUCUGCCAGGAGAACAACACCUGCGUGUGUCGGCCAUUUUAUCAAGGAGACGGAAUCACCUGUACAGAGGUGGACAUGUGUCACACGUGGAACGGCGGCUGUGCUACAGGAGCGCGCUGCUCUCAGAGAGGUGAGCAGGUGAGCUGCACCUGUCCUAAAGGUCACAGCGGAGACGGCUUCAGCUGCCAGCCUGUCGACCCCUGUGUCUCUGGAGACAACGGAGGCUGCCACGAACACGGCGCCUGCACCAUGACGGCUCCGGGGAAGAAGAAGUGCACCUGUAAGGAUCAGUACAUCGGAGACGGACUCACCUGCGACCUCAAACAGCUGCCAAUCAGUCGCUGUCUCCAGGACAACGGGCGAUGUCAUCAAGACGCCAAAUGUACCGACCUCCACUUUGAAGAUGUGAAGCUUGGCGUGUUUCACGUCCGCUCAGAUGAAGGUCAAUACAAGCUGAACUUCACUGCAGCUCAACAGGCCUGCGCUGCAGUGGGAGGCAGCCUGGCUACCUACACUCAGCUGUCCUACGCUCAACAGGGCGGGUUGAACAUGUGUGCUGCCGGCUGGUUAGACCAGGCCCGGGUGGCGUACCCCACCACGUAUUCCAACCCCAGCUGUGGCUUCGGACACAUUGGCAUCGUGGACUACGGCACACGGAAAAACGAGGCCGAGUCCUGGGACGCCUUCUGCUACCGGAUGAAGGAGGUGGCGUGUGGGUGUAAACCCGGCUACAUUGGAGACGGUUUCACCUGUACAGGAAAUCUGCUGCAGGUCCUCGAAUCCACGCCGACCUUCUCCAACUUCCUCACACAAAUCCUGAACUGCUCCCAGGUGUCCGAGUCAGGGACGGAGUUUGUGAAGCGUCUCAGGAACCUGACAGUCCAGUCAACGCUGUUUGUACCGGACAACAGCGGCCUGCCAGACAACCAGACCCUGUCUCAGCGGGACGUGGAGGUGCACCUGUCCGAGGGUCGGGCUCUUCCUCUCAGCCAGCUGAAGAACAGCAGUCGCAUCAGGACUCGUGUCGGGAGUCUGAGCGUCCUCGGAGUCGCCGACCUGCUCAACCCGUCAGCGCUGUCGUCCCGUUACAUCAAUGGCCGCUUCAUCACCACCUCGGACAUCUUGGCUUCAAACGGCGUCAUUCACGUUCUGCGGGGUCCACUGAGAGCCCCGCCCCCUCGCCAAGAGAUGCACGCGGCUCAUCAGGCCGGGAUGGGUGUGGGUGUGGUGCUGCUGGUCCUUCUGGUGGUGGGGGUUGUCUUCGUUGGAUACCACUUCUACACCCACAAGACCAAACACUUCCAGUUCCACUACUUCAAGGAGGAGGAAGAUGCUUCUGCAGGAUGCAGCCGCAGCAUCUGUAACCCGGUUUAUGAAGCAGCUCCAGAACCUGCUGAUCUGCACGAGUCCAACACAUCAGAGGACACAGCGGAGGACAGACACGAAGUUGUGAUCGAAGGAUCGUACGACCUGCAGGACGGCUGAGCGGGAACCUGCUCACUGCUGGACUGGAGCCUCAUUUUUAUUCCUAUGUGGACUGAGUUUCAACCUGUUGCAUCACGGACUAAAUACCCUGAACUUUGUUUUCUCCACUGAUAAAAGACAGCAGCUGACGGAGGAUUCACAGAACAAUCAUGAUGCGUUCAGGUGCUUUUUUUCUUAAGGACAGUUCCUAUUGUAGAAAUUUUAAAUCUAAAGUUACAUGAAGAAUCAUAAGUAUGAAGUUAAAUCUCGAUUAAAAAAAUAUCAAACUGUU